AUGAGAAGAUUAUGUAGAUCAGUCCAAAUAAGGUAUUGCACAUCCAAUGCCUUACAACAGCAACAAAACGCUACUUUCACUCCAGCUCCAGCUGUUGUUCCCAUUCCAAUUCCAGCCGCUCAGACUCCAACUAUUGUUCCCACUCUAACCGCUGUUUGA